AUGUCGUCGGGCGUGGUUCGCUCAACCGCCCUCAGGGCAGGCGGCGCCUGUGUGCGCUGCCGCAAGGGCAAGACCAAGUGCGUCUACGAAAACGGCCGCGCGCCUUGCAAGAACUGCGCAAAGGGAAUGCACGAGUGCUAUCUCCCCUCGGAGAGCAUGGCUCAUCACCACGGCCAGAGUCCUGCUCGUCACGCAAAUGCCCACCGCCCAGCGCGCGACAGCCUCCCGGCCUCCGGCGCCGGCGCCUCUGAUGCCAGGCAGUCCGUGGUGGGCUCUGGAUCCGCCAGGCACGUCCAGGUCACCCCCGAGAAACUGACGCCGGAACUCGUCGCUGAAUGUGAGCGAGUCGUCUCAAAGACGUUUCCGGCCUGCGUAGCUUUCCAUAAGCCCACGUUUGUCCAGCAGCUGAAGAAUGCCUCUUUGGAGUCGACACUUGUUUAUGGUCUCCUGACUUGUGCUGCUCGGAGCUCACCAGCACUUAUUCGUCGAUAUGGAAGCCCAACCCAUGCUGCAGAGACAUUUGCCUCCAAGGCAAUUGCACUGAUCAACCAGAACUUGGACCAACCCAACCUGGCCGACAUCCAGGCCCUCUGCCUCGUGGUUAUCCAUGAAUGGGGCACGAGAAACGCAGUGCGGGCGUACAUUUACCUUGGCCAGGCGGCCCGUAUGCUGCAGAUGUACCGCAUUCUCAACAACCACCACUCUUCGGACCAGGCAGACCAGUUCCUUCGCGAUGAAAGCCUACGACGUACCCUGUGGUUGGUCUACGUCCUUGACUGCCUCUUGACGAGCACUCCUGGCCGGUUUGCGGCUCUUGCGGUCCAAGACACGUCGGACAUUUCCCUUCCUUGCUCCGACAUCAACUUUGCCUUCGGCAACGCUGUCUACGUCAAGACCCUACCCCAAUAUCUCGGCCACAGCGCCUUGUCCCCUGGCCACGGCUCUGUUGGUGAGAUUGGCGAAUUCGGAUACAUUGUCCUCGCCGCCACCAUUUGGCGUGAUGUGGUGGGUAUGCUCACGGCAACCACGGUACAGUCCUUUCGCGAUGAAGACUGCAGCGAGCUGUUUGCAAAGAUUGAGGGUCUUCGUGCCUCGUUGCCCAUGCAGUUUGUUGACAAGCCGGGCCAAAUCAACUUGCACAUGACUAUGGGCUCUGGAUAUACCUUUGCCAUGCUCCACUGCCUGCUGCAUUGCGCUACCGUUUUUGUCCAUCGUCGACGUCUGCUGCAGGACGUGAUAUCGCCAAACUUUAAUUUGGAGGCGUUCCGAAUGAAUCCCCGAUGCCAUGACUUUGUGGACAGACUCUUCACCUCUUGCCACGGAACAAUCUCUCUUCUCGACGCGGUGGAAGCUGGUUCUGAGAAGGACCAUCCAACCUGCUUCCCCAUUGUGAUGCUGUUCUCUGCAUUCACUGCCAGCGCAACCGUUGCCUACUUGUCUCUCAAGGGGCUUACGCCUCCCAAUGCUGUCGAAACAGCCGCUCACAUUGUCAAGGAUGGGCUGAAGUUCAUGCAUGAUGGCACCGAGAGUUGGCCUCUAAUGUCGAGUUGGCUUAGGCAUCUUACUGUCAUGCAGCGGGUUCUCAACAAUGAUGCCGCGGCAGCCAACAGCGGUUCUCCCUCGACUCAACGACAUGGCUCCAGCUCUCACCAGUCUGCUGCUGGCGUUAAGGAUGAGGUCUCUUCCGACGCCGACACCAACCCCGACGUGAUGGAGUAUGACCACCAGCCUGGAGGCUCUGGCGUUUCCCAUCACGGCUCUGCUCCGAGGUCGGCCUCGGAGUCUGCUCGGGGUGACAGUGAGCCACCCGCCGUCGCUCUUCCUCGACGCGGCGUCACGACCAUCAACGGAGGCUCGGGCGGUAUCGCAACACCCUCGGUCACUACGUCGCCCCCUCCGGGCGCACCACAGGCCGCAAUGCAGGCAAACGAUGUCAAGCAGCGGAGUCCCGACGUUGGCUCGAAUGGAGUCGCGGUGACCCAAAAUGGACAGACGACGAGCCAAGACAUGACGGCGCCAGAGCUUUGCCAGGCAUUUGAGAGACAGCUUCUCGACCUAGAUGACCUCGCUGCGUUUAUGGGUGGCGGCGUUUGA